AUGAUCGGUCUAGACCUGGUAUGUGCAGCUGCGACCAGCACCAUACCGGAUUCGGAUAGCUCUGUAAUAUACUUACCGUAUCAAUGUAUCAGAAAGGCGCGGGCGCAAUCCUUUCAAGUUCUCGAGGCCUUCAAGAACCCCGUCAAGGAGGAGAAUCUCUCGUACGAUGCGGCCAUGGUUCCAUGCUCCGAGGCCUCCCACUUUUCGUCCUAG